CCCAGUGACCCCGCUCACGUGACGGGCGCCCGCGGAAGGCGACAUGGGCUCCGCUCCCUGGGCCGCGCUCCUGCUGCUGGCGCUCGGGCUGCGCGGCCUCCGGGCGGGGGGUGAGUACAGCGGCGCCCCCAGCCCCGGCUCCGGCCCCGCCUGUGAGGUCCGCGUGUCCCCAGCCCCCAGGGCCCUGGACCCUGGCUUCCAGGAGCGCUACUUCCAGCAGCUUCUGGACCACUUCAACUUCGAGAGCUUCGGCAACAAGACCUUCCCCCAGCGCUUCCUGGUGUCGGGUGAGACCUCGGCCCCAGCCUCCAGAUUCUGGAUCCGGGGCAAGGGGCCCAUCUUUUUCUACACCGGGAACGAGGGCGACGUGUGGGUAUUCGCCAAUAACUCGGGCUUCAUCGCGGAGCUGGCGGCCGAGCAGGGGGCUCUACUGGUCUUCGCGGAGCACGUGGGUGCCCGGCGGAGUCACCGCUACUACGGGAAGUCGCUGCCAUUCGGCGAGCGGUCCACGCAGCGCGGAUACACGGGGCUGCUGACGGUGGAGCAGGCCCUGGCCGACUUCGCAGAGUUGCUCCGCGCGCUACGGCGCGACCUCGGGGCCCAGGACGUCCCAGCCAUCGCCUUCGGUGGGAGUUAUGGGGGGAUGCUCAGUGCCUACCUGAGGAUGAAGUACCCCCACCUGGUGGCUGGGGCGCUGGCAGCUAGUGCGCCCGUUCUAGCUGUGGCAGGGCUCGGCGAUUCCACCCAGUUCUUCCGGGACGUCACGGCGGACUUUGAGGGCCAGGGUCCCAAAUGCACCCAGGCGGUGCGGGAAGCAUUCUGGCAGAUCAGGGACUUGUUCCUACAGGGAGCCUAUGACAAAGUCAGCUGGGAGUUCGGCACCUGCCAGCCACUGUUGGAUGAGAAGGACCUGACCCAGCUCUUCAUGUUUGCCCGCAAUGCCUUCACCGUGCUGGCCAUGAUGGACUACCCCUACCCCACCGACUUCCUGGGUCCCCUCCCUGCCAACCCUGUCAAGGUGGGCUGUGACCUGCUGUUGAGUGAGGCCCAGAGGAUUGCGGGGCUACGCGCGCUGGCAGGGCUGGUCUACAACGCCUCAGGCUCGGAACACUGCUAUGACAUCUAUCGUCUCUACCACAGCUGUGCCGACCCCACCGGCUGUGGCACUGGCCCUGAUGCCAGGGCCUGGGACUACCAGGCCUGCACGGAGAUCAACCUGAUGUUCGCCAGCAACAAUGUGACGGAUAUGUUCCCUGUCCUGCCCUUCACGGACGAGCUCCGCCAGCAGUACUGCCUGGACACCUGGGGCGUGUGGCCCCGGCCUGACUGGCUGCAGACCAGCUUCUGGGGGGGUGAUCUCAGAGCCGCCAGCAACAUCAUCUUCUCCAAUGGGAACCUGGACCCCUGGGCAGGGGGCGGGAUUCAGAGGAACCUGAGCACGUCAGUCAUCGCCGUCACCAUCCAGGGGGGAGCGCAUCACCUGGACCUCAGAGCCUCCCACCCGGAAGACCCUGACUCCGUGGUCAAGGCGCGAAUACUGGAGGCCACCGUCAUUGGCGAGUGGGUAAAGGCAGCCAGGCGUGAGCAGCAGCCAGCCCUGCCUGGGAGGCCCAGACUCAGCCUCUGAGCAUAGGGUGACUGGAGGGAGGGCUCUCAAGGCUCCCUGUGGAGUGAGGAGCAGGCUGGCCCCUGCCCUGCCCUGUGUCUGCACUUUCUAGGUCCCUGAAGCUCAGCCACAGUGGCCAGCCUAGCGUGGGGGCUUUGCUCAAGAGGUGGCUGGCAGCAGAAAGGAUUGAAUAAACGUGUGAAGGCCA